GCGGUGAUCUGCCAGUUCUUAAACUUUCAGACGAACCCCCUCGGAAAAGCGUAGCAGAGAACGGCCCUUCAUCAUCACAUUGUUAGUCAGCAGCGGUAUGGUGACAAGAGGGCCGGCGGGCUUUAGGUGGAGCUUUCGUUCGUCUUUUUGUGGAGAGAUAGACGCGCAACUUUAGCUUGGAUGAUUGUCCAUGCCGGGGCCACGCAUGGAUGGAGCGCAUGCGGUAUCAAAUGAACAGCGAGUCUGAGCGGGGGCUAUCCGGCUUGUGAUUCAAGGGUGACCAACCAGAGAAAUAGACCUAGAAUUUCUAGGAUAGGUGAAAUAAAGAGUUGGGCUUCGAGCAUCAGUCAAUUGCGAUCAAAACUCGCAUAAUGAGAAGUGCUUGCGGCGCAUCUGGAGUAUGUGACCUUGCCGAAGAAAAAGAAUGGUCAAUCCAAAAACCGUGUUUCGCCCCUGGUGCUGCUCUCUUGCAGGGGGGGCUUUUCACUCCCAAGAGGCUAUAUUUCACCUGUCAGGAGUUAAGUAUGAAGUAGCAGGAAGCUACGCCUCCUAUCACAACAUCGUCAGUUAUGUUGCAAAACGAGAGCCCUGGGCCCCCCGUUUUUGUUCAUAUCCUCCGUGCAUCUAAGGGCGGAAGAUAGCAGACAACGAGAUGCCCCCUGAAGAUUUGAUUUGGAUAGCUCGUGCACAUCAAAAAGGACCUCACGAGUGAACCCAAGAUUUUCACCUUUUCCCCGCCGUCCAAUGCUAGCCUUGCCUCAAAAUCCAUCCAAUGUUUAACAACAAGCGACCCGCAGUAAUUAUUGGUCACGUGAUUGAAUUCGGACCUGCUGGCUUGGUAGCAGCCAAAAGCUCCAGUCCCAGUUGCAUAUUUUUCUGAAUAUUUCGACUUUUGAGUUGAUCGUUUCACCCCUUUUUUGAGCUUUCAUUUUCCUUACUGGUGGAGGGCUAUUACAGUGUAUUUUGUGUUUCUUUGUUCUUCUCGUUUGUUUCGUUUAUUUUGCAAAAGAGCCGCGUAUUUGUUUCUACUGAACAAGUAACGUUAUUUCAACCGACUUCCGGCCUAUCCUUGAGGGAAGACACCUCCUCGCAACAAGGGUCCAUAUUAUGAAGUUUGAGGAUGAAGUUGGGGGUUCCAGUGAUUCGAUAAGCUACUGUUACACUUCAAGGUGUAGCCGCGCGCCGGAGGGUGGCUUUUGCCAUUUGUUGGCUGUCCAUGUUGCAGGGGCUCCAACAUCGUUGCCAAUGCUGGCCCUCCUUGCCAGGCUGGUCAGUCAGUCCCGUAUCAAAGCUGCCAAACCCCUGCGCUGAGUGCUAGUGGAUCAACUUUAAUAUGCAGGAAGCCCAACAAGUCAAAACCGUGCCGCGACCCUCUUUGCAGAGGCCUUCAUUUGCUUUCGGUUCCUUUAGUUACUAACUUUUCUACCACUUUUCUUUUUCGCGUGCUGUUUCGUAUAGAAAUGCAAAUGGACCCUGACAAUUAUCAGACCAAUGUAUGUCCCCAAAUCGAAUGCCAUGUCAAUAUUUUAGCGCCCGGAUUGCGGUAUUUCAUUUACUGCGGCGUUCUUCAUUCCCUUCCAGACCUCGCUUGGGUGAUGGGCUGGGAAAAUCCACUUGUGCUUGAGGAUUGUCGGCCGGGGAAUGCAGGCCUCGAGCCGCGAGGCACAACGUACACCCUGGCCUUCGAAUUGUGGUUGGUCUUCAAGAGUCCACUUUUCCUUAUCCCAGACCAUGAUGCCGCAGUGUUUCUGGCAGCUUGCAGCUUGCAGAUGGAUGGUUUAUUCUUUUUUUUGCAUGUUUAACGCUCCUCGACCUUGGAGAUCUUUUCUGCAAAGCUGAUGCGUGUUUGGUCACAAGAUACUCUGUAUAUCAAAAAAUAGCCGACCAGGUGGCAGUGCAACCAUGGUAAUUCCGGGUUCAGCUGCCAACAAAAUCGAAAACGAGGCAAGCACCUCUUGGAAGCCCAAUGCACAGAAUUGGAUUUGGCAGGAUCCUGCAAUGCUAGUAUCUUCGGCAUCUUAGAAUUCCGCCCGUAAAUUAGCAAAUCUUCAAAAUUAGGAGAUCCACCAACGCGCCUGUCAGCCAAUCCUGACCGCUCUUCUUGAGCAAGCGCUGGCAUUCCGCUAGAACGAAGAUCGUGCAUGUCCACUAGUUAUCGUUGGCUCGACCUAUUUACAUUGGCCCACCUCAUCACCCUCUAAGGCUUUGACUACGUGACAACUCGCCUGAACGAGCCCUUCGGUGUUUGUGAUUAAUCCGGGUUCUAGUUGAACCUGGUUAGAGAAAAGCUGAGCAUGGUUAGAAAAGGAAAAUCAAAAACUCUACUCAUGUCACUCCAUGUCAACCGCAUCUAAAAUACAUACACACAAUAGCUUCUCCGGUCUCAAAACACCAAAUACUCAACACAUACAGUUAUAUUAAAGAUAAGAAUUAUAGAGGAGUGGAGUUACUCUCUAGAAUACUCAACUGAAAAACAAUUUCAUCUUUUUUAAAUAUAUCAGUAUUGUGUUGUGUGAAGUAAUCAGUCUAUUAGUGCAUGUGUAUUUUGGAUAGGGUCUUGGUUCUAGACAUGAUCUGGGUUGAUUUUCUAACCAUGUUCAACUUUUCUCCAACCACGUUCAACUGGAUGCCAUGAUUAAUCUUUUCUCUUUAAUGAUUUCCUUUAGCGGCAUGUUGCAAGGACUCUCUCCAAUGAGUAUGUAGAGUCCACCUCUCGCCGAGAUUAUUAGACGGCGCAGAUAUGCCAUACUUUGCGGCACAGCGACCACAAAUCCCCGCCUAGCGCACCAUAGUUGGAUUCUGCUUUACGCUGUAACUGAUCGAUCAAUCCAGGUCUCUGAGUGGUGGGCGAUUUUGCGGCAUGGGACAGAUGUCACGGCACGAAGGACUCAUCGUACGCCCGUCCGAAUGUUUCAGGGUUUUUUUUUUUUUUUUUUAUUUCCCUCCCCCAUAGGCGCAUGAUACAAUUCGACCAUUCCUUGUGAUUUGAACAACACCCAAAUACCCGCCCAACUCAGGCUCCUGGAACCUCUUUUGAUGCGAGUCUAUCUCAAGGAUCUGCCAAUUCCUCUGACCUAUCCGGGUACUAGCAAACUGUUUGUUAUUGUCGGCAUGGGGCGCGCGGGCCCAGCCAUGAACCAUAAUAUGGCAUAUCGGGCGAGAGAGGCACUUCAUUACUCUCCCUAUUUGCCCAAAUUUAAAAGAGCAGGGGGGCCUCAAACACGAACCCCCGUCAAGGCGUUGCUCAUUGUUCAGCUUGUGGCCAGGUUGUCGAUGAGAUUUUGCGUCAGUCGCGUUUAGUUUAGAGCUGCUCUGUUAUUUUCUUUUUUCUUCUGUUGGCCUUUUCUCCUUUCGCACUGGCUCGCCUGUCUUCAGCCCCGAUUACCCGGCCAUCCACUCCCAUUUUAAUGGCGAUUCACUUCCUAACCCAUAAUGUCUCUCUGUGCUAAACCUCAUUUCACGAAGCCGAGCUUGUUCUGACGCGCCCAUCAUCCAUUCCUCCACAUUCCUUUCUUGCCCUCCCUCCCACUGUCUGAUGGACUAGUUUUUUCUCAUAGAAGCCAAACAAUUGUGUGGAACAAAAUGCGGCUAAAGUCAGCGUGCUCCUACAUCUAAUGCCUGUUCUACCAAGCUUAUUCCAUAUGCAUAAUGGUAUUUCUAGGCCCUCUGCAUGUGGGAGGGAAUGAAGGAUGCAUGUUAACCGCUGGAUGCUGGACUGAAACUGAACAAUCUUGCUGAGCCUCGUUCAUUAAGUUACCGAAUAAGCAUGGGCUGGGGUGGAGAUGAUUCCCAAUUUUAACCCUACAUUAAGUAUCCGUACACACGGUGUGUAUACUUGAAUAGGACACCUCCGAAACAUUGGUUCAGGUCUAGAGCAACCCCCUUCCUAUGCUCUGUUCCCCACUGCAUCACUCUUUUCCUUCGACCUUUGCACAUGACAUUUCUCCUGAUACAUAUUUUGCCCUGAGGCUGCCUGAUACUGUACGCUCCUGAGAAACUAAUUUCAGAGUCACCAUAUACUUCAUGAACUAGGUUGUUGGGUCUAAACUGAUGCGUCGUUCCGAACCCAUAUCGCCCGCCCCUCAUCGUACUUUGAGCGUAGCCAUAUUGUCAAUUGAAGCUUUGUACAUCCUGCUAGCAGGACUAGCCCAUGUCAUUCAACGAUAUUGUCAAUGGCCAAUUUUAACACUGAAUUUUUUUUCUUCUUCUUGGGCUUCCCCACAACUACGGUACCUUACCAUCGCCCCGUUGCUGUAGAAGCUAUUCGAGGGUUAAAUGCAAUGUCAGAGCGUACAUUUGGGCUCAUCACUGUACAUUCUUAUCGCACAUAUAAUCAUGAUUGGAAAUAUAAAUGAUAACAUCGUAUUCAUUGUAGUUAUCCCCGUUAAGAUAUUUUCGUACCUGAUAGGACUGUUUCCCACUUUAGAUAUGGCAUCCAGCGUGGAGGGGCAAUUAGGGUUAUGACUCACAUGACUUUUGCUCCCCGCCUCAAAAAAAAAAGCGAAGGUAAUGACAGAACACUCACCAGCGCACAUUUAACUGACAAACAGCAAUAAUUUUUCGCGCAACUUAUCUUCUAGGUUAUUUUGAUACCCAGAGGCGCCAUACAGCCAUGGCAGCCUCCACCGCAGUUCUCGUACAUAUCGACGAAGAUGUUGGCAAUGAUGACCAGACCGCAACCGGAACUGAGUCUUCCCCUUACAAGACUCUAGUCUAUGCUUUCCUCCAACAGCCGCCUUCAACGCCAGAUAUUCAUUAUCUGACGCGCAAAUCGGUAACACGUCCUAUCAAUGAAGGUGAAGACCCUUCUGUGCGAUUGGAAUGGAAGCCCGCGACCAAGUCCGCGCUGAAAAAGGCCACCAACCUCUACGAACAACGAAAGAAGAAAGCUGCAAAGGAGAAGGAGCUAGCUAUUCGCGAGAAAGAAGAGUUAGAAAAGCGGAAAUUAGUCCUCGAAGAGGCUAAGAAGGUGGUCAUCAAGGAAGAUGAGUCGCUACCCAAGCCACUCAAGAUAAGAUUGAACGAGACGGACCCCGCCAAGAUCAAGCUGAGACCGAGUGACGGCGAUGAUACCCCUGGCACCCGCGUUCGUGUAGUCGGACGGGUCCAUCGCCUAAGAUCGCAAAAGGAUAUGAUGUUUGUGACGCUGUCAGAUGGGUAUGGACUACUACAAUGUAUUUUCUCAGGUGAUCUGGUCAAGACCUACGACAUGAUGACUCUGACCCUAGAAACAUCGAUUGCAAUCCAUGGAGAAAUGCGAGCAGUACCGCCCAAGAACCAUGCGUAUGAUGAUCGCGAACUCCAUGCGGACUUCUUCACCAUAAUUGGUCGUGCUGCUGGUGACAAGGAGGCUAUUACUACGCGUGUUGCUCCCGACUCGGAUCCCCACACUCUCUAUGACAACAGACACCUUGUGCUUCGAGGGGAGACUUCAUCCUCUAUCAUCAAGGUUCGUGCUGCGACCCUUCGAGCUUUCCGAAAAGUGUUCGAGGAAAAGGGUAUGCUAGAAGUCACGCCCCCAUCGAUGGUGCAAACUCAAGUCGAGGGAGGAAGCACCUUAUUUGAAUUCGACUACUAUGGUGAAAAGGCCUACCUGACCCAAUCCUCCCAAUUGUAUCUCGAAACCUGUCUUCCAUCCCUUGGUGAUGUAUUCUGCGUCUGUCCAUCCUUCCGUGCAGAGAAAUCUCUCACCCGCCGCCAUUUAUCCGAGUACACUCAUGUUGAAGCGGAACUCGACUUCAUCAGCUUCACCGACUUGCUUGAUCAUCUAGAGGAUAUGAUCUGCCGUGUUAUUGACACCGUUCUUUCAGAGCCAUUGAUUGCGCGAUAUGUCAAGGAGCUCAACCCGAACUUCAUACCACCAUCACGCCCAUUCAGGCGAAUGAAAUACGCCGAAGCAAUCGAGUGGCUGCGUGAGCACGAGAUCCUAAACGAACAAGGGAAACCACAUACAUUUGGCGAUGAUAUUGCUGAAGCUGCAGAGCGGAAAAUGACAGACAUGUUGAACGUGCCAAUCUUCCUUACUCAUUUCCCCGUAGAGAUUAAGGCGUUUUACAUGAAAAAGGACCCUGAAGAUUUACGCGUUACAGAGAGUGUGGACGUACUUAUGCCAGGUGUUGGCGAGAUUGUGGGGGGUAGUAUGAGGAUGGAGGACUGGGAUGAGCUGAUGGCGGCGUAUAAACGGGAAGGGAUGGAUCCGUCGCCAUAUUAUUGGUACACCGACCAGCGAAAAUAUGGAACCUCACCUCACGGUGGUUAUGGCAUUGGGCUUGAGCGAUUCUUAGCAUGGAUGUGCGCGCGCUAUACCGUUCGCGAAUGCUGUCUCUAUCCACGUUUUACGGGACGGUGCACGCCAUAAACAUUUACCCGGUUUGUGUUUUACUAGAUCUCCUGAAAGCUAUGAGAUUUUAGAUCAUGCAAGUCGGAUCUUCGUGCAAGUAGAAGAAACAUGUGAAGCUGGUCGAGGCGAAGAAAUAGAGAAAUACUACCAUUUAUUAACAGCUUACUAUAAUAUGAGCCUCUAGCUUAUUUAGUCUACCCAUCCUAGUCCCGCCAUAUACAUGGCUAGAUAGAUAGAGCUUAGGUGCAUGGAAAUAUAUGAGCUCGUUCUUCACUUUUCCCUUUGGUGUCAUCCAUUUCGUUUCGUCGCACAAACUAUAGUUCCCAUUCCAUAUUUUCUAACAAGGCCCUAAGUCAAUGUUAAAGAGGGAGGAGACAGUUCACCUCAUAUUUAAUUUUCCUCUCCAUCGUGGCAUGGUAUAUGCGUGUUUAAGGUCCGAAAAUACUCAAUAACUUAGUACUCUUAGUUUUUGC